GCGGCGGUGCGAGCCGAGCUGGGAGAUGGCGGCAGCAGCGGUGGAGCGGAGAGUGUGAGCGCCGCCCGGGAGCCACUGGCUCGGGCGCAGUGCGACCCCGACCCCGCCCGCCCGCCUGCCCACCAUGGGCAAUGAGGCCAGCCUGGAGGGCGGCGCGGGUGAAGGGCCGCUGCCGCCCGGAGGCUCUGGUCCGGGUCCGGGUCCGGGCCCCGGAGCAGGGAAGCCGCCUUCAGCACUAGCUGGCGGCGGACAGCUCCCUGCAGCUGGAGCUGCGCGAGCCGCAGGACCCCCGGCCCCUGGUCUCGGCCUGGUUCCCGGUCCUGGCCCCGGCCCCGGCCCCGGCCCAGGCAGCGUUUCCCGGAGACUGGACCCCAAGGAGCCCCUGGGUAGCCAGAGAGCAGCUUCUCCGACCCCAAAGCAAGCUUCUGCUACUGCUCCAGGCCGAGAGAGCCCCCGAGAGACAAGGGCUCAAGGCCCAUCAGGCCAGGAGGCUGAUGGUCCCCGCCGGACGCUCCAGGUAGACAGCAGGACACAGAGAUCAGGACGGUCCCCCUCAGUGUCACCGGACAGAGGCAGCACUCCCACAUCACCCUACUCCGUGCCCCAGAUCGCUCCCCUUCCCAGCAGUACGCUGUGUCCUAUAUGCAAGACCUCGGACCUCACGUCGACCUCCAGCCAGCCAAACUUCAACACCUGCACCCAGUGUCACAACAAGGUCUGCAACCAAUGUGGGUUCAACCCCAACCCUCAUCUCACCCAGGUGAAGGAGUGGCUGUGUUUGAACUGUCAGAUGCAGAGGGCUCUGGGAAUGGACAUGACCACUGCACCUCGAUCCAAGAGCCAGCAGCAGCUACACUCCCCGGCCCUGUCCCCUGCCCACUCCCCAGCCAAACAGCCUCUGGGGAAGCCAGAGCAAGAGAGAUCCCGGGGCCCAGGGGCCACACAGUCUGGUCCCCGCCAGGCUGAAGCAGCCAGGGCCACCUCAGUCCCUGGGCCUACCCAGGCAACUGCCCCUCCAGAGGUGGGGAGGGUGUCUCCUCAGCCCCCUCUUUCUACCAAGCCUUCCACAGCUGAGCCCAGGCCGCCUGGAGGAGAGGCCCAGGGCAAAAGUGCCACCACAGUGCCCUCUGGGCUUGGUGCUGGUGAACAGCCCCAGGAGGGCCUCACUGGGAAGCUCUUCGGCCUUGGAGCAUCACUCCUGACCCAGGCGAGCACCCUUAUGUCUGUGCAGCCAGAGGCUGACACCCAGGGCCAGCCUUCCCCCAGCAAGGGGCCACCCAAGAUUGUCUUCAGUGAUGCCAGCAAGGAGGCUGGUUCAAGACCCCCAGGCUCAGGGCCUGGGCCAGCACCUGGGUCAGCACCUGGGCCAGCACCUGGAGCCAAAACCGAGCCUGGGGCUAGAACAGGGCCUGGACCAGGGCCUGGAGCUCCAGCAAAAACUGGAGGAACAGCCAGUCCAAAGCAUGGCAGAGCAGACCACCAGGCAGCAUCCAAGGCUGCUGCCAAGCCAAAGACCACGCCGAAGGAAAGGGCCACCUGCCCACUGUGCCAAGCCGAGCUCAACGUGGGUGGCAGGGGUCCCGCCAACUACAAUACCUGCACUACCUGCAAGCUGCAGGUGUGCAACCUGUGUGGCUUCAACCCAACGCCCCACCUGGUGGAGAAAACAGAAUGGCUCUGUCUGAACUGCCAAACCAAGCGGCUGCUGGAGGGCAGCCUGGGAGAGCCAGCCCCCAUGCCGCUGCCCACGUCACAGCAGCCCCCGGCAGGAGCCCCUCACCAUGCAGCUGGAGCAGCCCCUCAGAAGCAGAAAGGGCCACAGGGGCUGGGCCAGCCAUCAGGCUCCCUGCCUGCCAAGGCCAGCCCUCAGGCCUCCAAGGCCAGCCCUCAGGCCACCAAGGCCAGUCCUCAGGCCACCAAGGCCAGUCCUCAGGCCGCCAAGGCCAGCCCUCAGGCCACCAAGGCCAGUCCUCAGGCCACCAAGGCCAGCCCUCAGGCCAAGCCACUUAGGGCUUCUGAACCCAGCAAGACCUCUAGCAGUGCCCAGGAAAAGAAGACAGGGAUCCCUGUUAAAGCUGAGCCUGUGCCGAAGCCACCUCCAGAGACCACUGUGCCUCCUGGGACUCCUAAAGCAAAAAGUGGGGUGAAAAGGACCGAACCUGUCACCCCAGUCAUCAAGCCUGUUCCAGAAGCUCCCAAGGGUGGGGAGGCUGAGGAACCCGUCAGCAAGCCUUACACUCAGGACCUGUCUCGGAGCCCCCAGAGCCUCAGUGACACAGGCUAUUCUUCCGAUGGUGUCUCCAGCUCCCAGAGUGAGAUCACAGGGGUCGUUCAGCAGGAAGUGGAGCAGCUCGACAGUGCCGGGGUGACGGGGCCACGCCCACCCAGCCCCUCAGAGCUCCACAAAGUGGGGAGCAGCAUGCGCCCUUCACUAGAGGCCCAGGCUGCGGCUCCCAGCGGUGAGUGGGGCAAGCCACCGCGGAGCCGUGCUGUUGAGGACCAGAAACGGCGCCCCCACUCCUUGUCCAUCAUGCCCGAGGCCUUCGACUCUGAUGAGGAGCUGGGGGAUAUCCUAGAGGAGGAAGAUGACUCCUUGGCGUGGGGGCAUCAGAGGGAACAGCAAGACACAGCCGAGUCUUCAGAUGACUUUGGCAGCCAGCUGAGGCACGACUACGUGGAGGACAGCAGCGAGGGCGGCCUGUCUCCGCUCCCACCCCCCCCAGCCCGGGCAGAAAUGACGGACGAGGAGUUCAUGCGACGUCAGAUCCUGGAAAUGAGCGCUGAGGAGGACAACUUGGAGGAAGACGACACUGCUGCCGGGCGAGGCCUGGCCAGACACAGCACCCAGAAGGGGAGUGCCAGGCCCAGGCCUGAGUCGAGCCAAGAAUCAGCAGCGGCGCCCAAGAGGCGCCUACCCCAUAAUGCCACCACGGGCUAUGAGGAACUCCUAUCCGAGGGAGGCCCGGCAGAGCCCACCGACGGCAGUGGAGCCCUGCAGGGAGGUCUCCGACGCUUUAAAACCAUUGAGCUCAAUAGCACAGGUACCUACGGUCAUGAGCUGGACCUGGGCCAAGGUCCUGAUCCCAGCCUGGACCGGGAACCCGAGCUGGAGAUGGAGAGCCUGACAGGCUCCCCCGAAGACCGCUCCCGCGGGGAGCACUCCUCCACCCUGCCUGCUUCCACACCCAGCUAUACGUCGGGCACCUCCCCCACCUCCCUGUCCUCGCUAGAGGAGGACAGUGACAGCAGCCCCAGCCGCCGGCAGAGGCUGGAAGAAGCGAAACAGCAGCGCAAGGCCCGACACCGCUCCCACGGGCCCCUGCUGCCCACUAUCGAGGACUCUUCCGAGGAGGAAGAGCUCCGGGAGGAAGAGGAGCUUCUGCGCGAGCAGGAGAAGAUGCGGGAGGUGGAGCAGCAGCAGCGAAUCCGCAGCACAGCCCGCAAGACGCGGCGGGACAAGGAAGAGCUCCGGGCUCAGCGGCGACGCGAACGCUCCAAGACACCACCCAGUAACCUGUCGCCCAUCGAGGACGCGUCCCCCACCGAGGAGCUGAGGCAGGCGGCAGAGAUGGAGGAGCUGCACCGCUCUUCCUGCUCCGAGUACUCCCCCUCCCCUUCCCUUGACUCGGAGGCGGAGACCCUGGAUGGCGGCCCCGCUCGACUCUACAAAUCGGGCAGCGAGUACAACCUGCCCGCCUUCAUGUCCCUCUACUCACCAACCGAGACACCUUCGGGCAGUUCCACCACGCCCAGUUCCGGGCGGCCCCUCAAGAGUGCUGAGGAGGCCUAUGAGGACAUGAUGAGAAAAGCUGAGCUGCUCCAGAGACAGCAGGGGCAGGUGCCGGGGUCCCGGGGACCCCAUGGGGGCCCCUCUCAGCCCACAGGCCCCCGGGGGCAGGGCUCCUUUGACUAUCAAGACACCCAAGACCAUGACUAUGGCAGGGCUUCUCAGCCUGCUGCAGAAGGCACACCGGCAGGCCUCGGGGCAGCUGUCUAUGAGGAGAUCCUUCAGACAUCACAGAGCAUAGCCCGGAUGCGGCAAGCCUCGUCGCGGGAUCUGGCUUUCGCUGAGGACAAAAAGAAGGAGAAGCAGUUUCUGAAUGCCGAGAGUGCAUACCUGGACCCAAUGAAGCAAAAUGGUGGCCCACUUACCCCUGGAACUAGCCCUACCCAACUUGCUGCUCCUGUGUCGUUUUCCACGGCCACCUCCUCAGACAGCAGCGGAGGCCGAGUUAUUCCCGACGUCCGAGUCACUCAGCAUUUUGCAAAAGAGCCUCAGGAUCCUCUCAAGCUCCACAGCUCUCCUCUGUCCCCCAGCUUGGCCUCUAAGGAGGUGGGCAUGGCCUUUUCCCAAGGCCCUGGGACGCCAGCCACCACAGUUAUGGCCCCUUGUCCAGCCAGCCUCCCACGAGGGUAUAUGACGCCAACCUCCCCAGUUGGCUCAGAGCGUAGUCUGUCACCAUCGUCCACAGUCCACAGCUACGGACAGACCCCAACCACUGCUAACUAUGGGUCCCAAACGGAGGAGCUGCCCCAGGCUCCCAGUGGCCCUACUGCCGGUGGACGGGCCCCCAGAGAGAAGCCUCUGAGUGGGGCGGAUGCUGAGGUUGGUACCCCCCAGCCUUCUCGGGGAUAUUCUUACUUUACAGGCUCUAGCCCACCUCUCUCUCCAUCCACACCCUCAGAGAGCCCCACAUUCUCACCAGGCAAGCUGGGCUCAAGGGCCACAGCAGAGUUCUCUACACAGACACCAAGCGCAACACCUUCCUCGGACAUUCCGCGGAGCCCUGGCACACCCUCCCCCAUGGUAGCCCAAGGCACGCAGACACCACACCGACCCAGCACUCCUCGCUUGGUGUGGCAGCAGUCUUCCCAGGAGGCGCCAGUCAUGGUCAUCACGCUGGCCUCGGACGCUGCUAGCCAGACCAGAAUGGUACAUGCCAGUGCCUCUACUUCCCCGCUGUGCUCGCCUACUGACACUCAGCCCACCUCCCAUAGCUACAGCCAGACGACACCUCCAAGUGCGUCCCAGAUGCCCUCAGAACCAGCUGGGCCACCCGGUUUCCCACGGGCACCCAGUGCUGGUGCAGAUGGGCCCCUGGCAUUAUACGGCUGGGGUGCCCUCCCUGCCGAAAACAUCUCAUUAUGCCGGAUCUCCUCUGUCCCUGGAACAUCGAGAGUUGAGCCAGGCCCCAGGCCCCCGGGCAGUGCAGUGGUAGAUCUUCGCACCGCUGUGAAGCCCACGCCCAUUAUCCUCACCGACCAGGGUAUGGAUCUGACCUCUCUUGCUGUGGAAGCAAGGAAGUACGGCCUUGCCCUGGAUCCAAUUCCAGGACGUCAGUCCACCGCUGUGCAGCCUCUCGUUAUUAACCUCAAUGCCCAAGAGCAGACGCAUACCUUCCUGGCCACUGCCACCACCGUGAGCAUCACCAUGGCCUCCUCUGUGCUCAUGGCUCAGCAAAAGCAACCGGUGGUAUAUGGAGACCCUUUCCAGAGCCGCCUGGACUUUGGCCAGGGUUCAGGUAGCCCUGUAUGCCUGGCCCAGGUCAAGCAAGUAGAACAGGCUGUCCAGACAGCCCCAUACCGAGGUGGGCCCCGGGGAAGACCCAGAGAGCCUAAAUUUGCCAGGUAUAAUCUUCCCAACCAGGUAGCACCUCUGGCCAGAAGGGACAUUUUGAUCACUCAGAUGGGCACCGCCCAGAGUGUUAGUCUCAAGCCAGGACCAGUGCCGGAGCCGGGUGGUGAGCCCCACCGGGCUCCUCCUGCAGAGCUCCGGUCACAGGCUCUGCCCGGUGCCAGGAAGCCACACACAGUGGUGGUGCAGAUGGGGGAGGGUACAGCUGGCACCGUGACCACACUGCUCCCAGAGGAGCCCGCGGGCGCCCUGGACCUCACCGGAAUGCGGCCCGAGAGCCAGCUGGCAUGCUGCGACAUGGUCUACAAGUUCCCCUUCGGCAGUAGCUGCACGGGCACCUUCCAUCCUGCCCCCAGUGGCCCUGACAAGAGUGUGGCAGAUGCCGCCCUGCCUGGCCAAAGCAGUGGCCCCUUCUACAGUCCCAGAGACCCUGAGCCCCCUGAUCCCCUCACCUUCCGGGCACAGGGGGUAGUAGGCCCUGGGCCCCAUGAAGAACAGAGGCCUUACCCACAGGGCCUUCCUGGAAGGCUGUAUUCCUCCAUGUCUGACACCAAUUUGGCCGAAGCUGGCCUCAGCUACCAUGCCCAGAGGAUUGGGCAGCUCUUCCAGGGCCCUGGAAGAGAUUCAGCUGUGGACCUCAGCUCACUGAAGCACUCUUACAGCCUAGGCUUCGCAGAUGGGCGCUACUUAGGGCAGGGCUUACAGUACGGCUCAUUCACGGACCUGCGCCAUCCCACAGACCUUUUGACUCACCCACUUCCCAUGAGGCGCUAUAGCUCAGUGUCGAACAUCUACUCAGACCACCGGUAUGGCCCACGGGGAGAUGCAGUUGGCUUUCAGGAGGCCAGCCUGGCCCAGUACAGUGCCACCACGGCCCGAGAGAUCAGCCGCAUGUGCGCGGCCCUCAACUCCAUGGACCAGUAUGGUGGGCGGCAUGGCAGUGGAAGUGGUGGGCCUGACCUUGUGCAGUACCAGCCCCAGCACGGGGCUCCACAGGGUCUGGCGCCCCUCAGAUCUGGCCUCCUUGGCAACCCCACCUUCCCAGAGGGACAGCCAAGCCCUGGGAGCCUCGCUCAGUAUGGGCCUGCGGCAAGCCAGGCGACAGCAGUCAGGCAGCUGCUCCCAUCCACAGCAACAGUGCGUGCGGCCGACGGCAUGAUCUACUCAACUAUCAACACCCCGAUCGCCGCAACCCUGCCCAUCACCACCCAGCCUGCCUCGGUGCUGCGGCCCAUGGUGCGUGGUGGCAUGUACAGGCCUUAUGUAUCUGGUGGAGUCACAGCCGUGCCCCUUACCAGCCUGGCCCGUGUGCCCGUGAUUGCUCCUCGGGUACCUCUUGGACCAGCAGGGCUCUACCGAUAUCCUGCACCAAGUCGAUUCCCCAUCGCUUCUAGCAUCCCACCCGCCGAGGGGCCUGUCUAUCUGGGGAAGCCUGCUGCUGCCAAGGCCUCGGGGGCAGGGGGCCCGCCCAGGCCAGAGCUGCCAGCAGGGGCUGCUCGCGAAGAACCUCUUUCCACAGCUGCCCCUGCUGCCGUCAAGGAAGCCCCAGCAGCCCCUGCCCCUGCCCCGCCGCCUGGCCAGAAGCCACCAGGAGAUGCCGCUGCCGCGGCGGCGGGUGGCAGCGGAGUCCUCAGCCGGCCUGGGGCUGAGAAGGAGGAAGCGUCUCAGGAGGAGCGGCAGCGGAAGCAGCAGGAGCAGCUGCUGCAGCUGGAGCGGGAGCGGGUCGAGUUGGAAAAGCUGCGCCAGUUGCGGCUGCAGGAGGAGCUGGAGCGAGAGAGGGUGGAGCUGCAGAGGCACCGUGAGGAGGAACAGCUGCUGGUGCAGCGAGAGUUGCAGGAGCUGCAGACCAUCAAGCAGCACGUGCUGCAGCAGCAGCAAGAGGAACGCCAGGCUCAGUUUGCGCUGCAGCGGGAGCAGCUGGCACAGCAGCGGCUGCAGCUGGAGCAGAUCCAGCAACUGCAGCAGCAGCUGCAACAGCAGCUAGAGGAACAGAAACAGCGGCAGAAGGCCCCCUUCCCGGCAACCUGUGAGGCGCCCAGCCGAGGGCCUCCCCCAGCUGCCCCUGAGCUGGCUCAGAAUGGCCAGUACUGGCCGCCAUUGACCCACACAGCCUUCAUUGCCAUGGCGGGGACUGAAGGGCCUGGGCAGCCUCGUGAGCCCGUACUGCACCGGGGCCUCCCCAGCUCGGCGUCGGACAUGUCGCUGCAAACUGAGGAGCAGUGGGAGGCGGGCCGCAGUGGCAUCAAGAAGCGUCACUCGAUGCCACGCCUGAGAGACGCCUGUGAGGCAGAGUCAGGGCCUGAUCCCGGCCCGGUCCGGAGGAUUGCAGACAGCAGCGUUCAGACAGAUGACGAGGAGGGCGAGGGCCGCUACCUUCUGACCCGGAGGCGCAGGACGCGGCGCAGCGCUGACUGCAGUGUGCAGACGGACGAUGAAGACAAUGCCGAAUGGGAGCAGCCUGUCCGCCGCCGCAGGUCUCGCCUCUCCCGCCACUCCGACUCAGGUUCCGACAGCAAGCACGAUGCCACGGCCUCAGCCGCCGCCGCCGCCGGCGCUGCCAGGGCCAUGAGCAGCGUAGGCAUCCAGACCAUCAGCGACUGCUCUGUACAGACGGAGCCUGACCAGCUGCCCAGGGUCUCUCCAGCCAUCCACAUCACAGCCGCCACGGACCCCAAGGUGGAGAUCGUCAGAUACAUAUCGGCCCCAGAAAAGACGGGGCGUGGGGAGAGCCUGGCCUGCCAGACAGAACCAGAUGGGCAGGCCCAGGGUGUGGCCGGGCCACAGCUUGUAGGACCAACUGCCAUCAGCCCCUACCUACCUGGCAUCCAGAUAGUCACCCCAGGCCCCCUAAGCAGAUUUGAAAAGAAGAAGCCGGAUCCUCUGGAGAUCGGGUACCAGGCCCACCUGCCCCCCGAGUCUCUCUCCCAGCUUGUGAGCCGGCAGCCUCCCAAGUCUCCACAAGUGCUCUACUCGCCAGUCUCACCCCUGUCCCCACACCGGCUCCUGGACGCCUCGUUUGCUUCCAGUGAGAGGCUGAACAAGGCUCACGUGAGUCCCCAGAAGCACUUCAUGACGGACAGCACUCUUCGACAGCAGACUCUGCCUCGCCCCAUGAAGACCCUGCAGCGGUCCUUGUCUGACCCUAAGCCCCUCAGCCCCACCGCAGAGGAGUCCGCCAAAGAGAGAUUCUCCCUCUACCAGCACCAGGGGGGACUAGGUAGCCAGGUGUCGGCGCUGCCACCCAACGGCCUGGUCCGCAAGGUGAAGCGGACACUGCCCAGCCCCCCUCCAGAGGAAGCUCACCUUCCCCUGGCUGGCCAGGUGCCCUCACAGCUGUACGCAGCCAGUCUGCUGCAGCGAGGGUUGGCGGGGCCCACCACCGUCCCUGCUACCAAGGCCAGCCUGCUCCGGGAGCUGGACCGGGACCUGCGGCUGGUGGAGCAUGAGUCCACCAAGCUGCGCAAGAAGCAGGCGGAGCUGGACGAGGAGGAGAAGGAGAUUGAUGCCAAGCUCAAGUACCUAGAGCUGGGCAUCACCCAGCGCAAAGAGUCUUUGGCCAAAGACCGGGGUGGCCGUGACUACCCACCUUUACGUGGCCUUGGUGAGCAUCAUGACUACCUGUCUGACAGCGAGCUCAACCAGCUGCGGCUCCAGGGUUGCGCCACGCCCGCUGGCCAGUAUGUGGACUACCCUGCUUCAGCUGCUGUGCCUGCCACCCCCUCCGGCCCCGCUGCCUUCCAGCAGCCCCGGUUCCCACCUGCAGCCCCACAGUACACCGCAGGCAGCAGUGGACCAACUCAGAACGGCUUUCCAGCCCACCAGGCACCCGCCUACACUGGCCCUAGCACGUACCCAGCACCCGCUUUCCCUCCUGGAACCAGUUACCCAGCUGAGCCUGGCCUGCCGGGCCAGCAGGCUUUCCACCCCACGGGCCAUUAUGCAGCCCCGACUCCCAUGCCAACCACACAGAGCACUCAUUUCCCGGUCCAAGCUGACAGCCGUGCCCCCCACCAGAAGCCACGUCAGACCUCACUAGCUGACUUGGAGCAGAAGGUACCCACCAAUUACGAGGUGAUCACCAGCCCUGCUGUGACCAUGUCUUCAGCCCCCUCUGAAACUAGCUACAGUAGUCCAGCAGUGAGCAGCAGCUAUGACCAGGGCAAAGCCCCCGAGCAUCCCCGGGGCGGUGACCGAAGCAGUGUGAGCCAGAGCCCAGCCCCUGCCUAUCCCUCUGACUCCCACUACACCAGUCUGGAGCAGAAUGUUCCUCGAAACUACGUGAUGAUUGACGACAUCAGUGAGCUGACGAAGGACAGCACCCCCACUGCCGCAGAGAGCCAACGGCUGGAGCCUUUGGGGCCGGGGGGAGUCAGUGGGCGUCCUGGGAAAGAGCCUGGAGAACCAGCUGGCCUUGAGGGACCCACACUGCCCUGCUGCUAUGGCAGAGGUGAGGAAGAAUCUGAGGAGGACUCAUAUGACCCCCGUGGGAAAUCUGGUCAUCACCGGAGCCUGGAGAGCAAUGGCCGGGCAGCCAGCACCCACUAUUACGGAGACAGUGACUAUAGGCAUGGGGCUCGAGCAGAGAAGUAUGGUCCAGGGCCCAUGGGGCCCAAGCAUCCCUCCAAGAGCCUGGCCCCAGCUGCCACCUCCUCAAAGCGUAGCAAGCACCGGAAGCAAGGCAUGGAACAAAAGAUCUCCAAGUUCUCGCCGAUCGAGGAGGCCAAGGAUGUGGAGUCAGACCUGGCCUCCUAUCCCACACCCUCCGUCAGCAGUAGCCUGACCUCUCGGGGCAGAAAGUUCCAGGAUGAAAUCACCUACGGGCUCAAGAAGAAUGUGUAUGAGCAGCAGAGGUACUACGGGGUGUCCAGCCGGGACCCCGCAGAGGAGGAUGACCGCAUGUACGGUGGCAGCAGCCGGUCCCGCGUGGCGUCCGCAUACAGCGGGGAGAAGCUGUCUAGCCACGAUUUCAGUGGCCGAGGCAAAGGGUAUGAGCGGGAGCGGGAGGCUGUGGAGCGACUUCAAAAGGCGGGCCCCAAGCCCUCGUCCCUGAGCAUGGCCCACGGCCGGGCACGGCCCCCCAUGAGGAGCCAGGCCUCUGAAGAGGAGAGUCCCGUCAGCCCCUUAGGGCGGCCCCGCCCUGCAGGGGGUACUCUUCCCCCUGGGGACACCUGCCCACCGUUCUGCUCCAGCCACUCCAUGCCUGACGUCCAGGAACAUGUCAAGGACGGACCACGGGCCCACGCAUAUAAGCGGGAGGAGGGCUACAUCCUGGAUGAUUCCCACUGCGUGGUUUCUGACAGCGAAGCGUAUCACCUGGGCCAGGAGGAGACAGACUGGUUUGAUAAGCCCCGAGAUGCCCGCUCCGACCGGUUCAGGCACCAUGGGGGUCAUGCAGUCUCCUCCUCCCAGAAGCGAGGCCCUGCCAGGCACAGCUACCAUGACUACGAUGAGCCCCCUGAGGAGGGCCUGUGGGCUCAUGAUGAGGGUGGUCCAGGCCGCCACGCCUCAGCCAAGGAACACCGGCACCACAGUGACCACGGGAGGCACUCAGGCCGCCAUGCUGGUGAGGAGCCAGGACGGCGUGCUGCCAAACCACAUGCUCGGGACAUGGGUCGCCACGAGACCCGACCUCACCCUCAGGCCAGCCCUGCCCCUGCCAUGCAGAAGAAGGGUCAGCCUGGGUACCCCAGCUCUGCUGAUUACUCACAGCCAUCCCGUGCCCCGUCAGCAUACCAUCAUGCCUCUGACAGCAAGAAGGGUUCCCGGCAGGCCCACUCUGGGUCCACUGCGCUGCAGCCAAAGCCAGAACCCCAGUCACAGCCACAGAUGCAAGGCCGGCAGGCAGCUCCAGGACCGCAACAGUCACAGCCGCAGUCAUCCAGGCAGAUGCCCUCAGGCACAGCAUCACGCCAGCCACAGCCACAGCAGCAGCAGCAGCAACAACAGCAGCAGCAGCAGCAGCAGCAGCAACAGCAAGGUGUUGGGCCACAGGCUCCCCAGCAGGCUCCAUCACAGGCUCGGCUGCAGCAACAGAGCCAGCCAACCGCCCGGGGCUCCGCCCCUGCUGCCAGCCAGCCAGCAGGGAAACCUCAGCCAGGCCCCACCACAGCCCCGGGGCCCCAGCCAGCAGGACUGCCACGUGCAGAACAGGCGAGCAGCUCCAAAGCAGCAGCCAAAGCCCCCCAACAGGGGAGGGCUCCUCAGGCCCAGCCAGCUCCAGGACCUGGACCCGCAGGGGUGAAACCUGGAGCCAGGCCUGGGGGGACCCCAGGAGCACCUGCGGGUCAGCCAGGGGCAGAUGGGGAGAGUGUAUUCUCCAAGAUCCUCCCUGGUGGAGCAGCAGAGCAAGCUGGGAAACUGACAGAAGCUGUCUCUGCUUUUGGCAAAAAAUUUUCCUCGUUCUGGUGAUUGUGUCCAGAAGGGUUCCUGAAGACCUGAAGAAAGAUGAUAUCAUUGCUGUGGAAAAAUCUCUGGAGUCAAAGGCCUGGGCGCAGCUCUGGACUCUGCGUAUAACACAUCUCCAAUCUGGCAAACCCUUGCCCAAAGCUUCACACCGGGUGGGCCACAGCAGGCAGGCCUCAGCAGAACACGGGAUGGUUUCUAACAGCAGCUGCCUAGGUGAAGCGUCUGCUGGACCAGUGGGACCAUUGGCUUGGGGGCCCUUCCAUUGUCUUUCCAGAGACCUUGCCUUCCUCAGGCCAGCUGUCCUUGGGAGAGAGGAGCCCUCACCAGAACACUGCUGCUCCUGUGGCUGCUGCUCUUCCCACAGCCUCCCGUGGCCUGGCCAGCCAGGCUUCCAAUGCGUUAUACACAGAGUUUGGGUGCACACUGCCCUCCCUCUAAGAUGCCAGAAGUUUUUCCACAGCCUUGGAGAGGGCCUUUGACUGAGGGCUGGGGGCCCUAGGCUCCGUUUCCUUCACAUUCCAGCUGGCCCGGAUCCCUCUGUGGCCAUAAGGCCUUGCCCCCUUCACCCUGCCCUCUGGGUGACGCUGGAGCAGACCUCCGCAUGGCCAGCAUGGGUUUGGGAGAACUUUACAAACGCUAGGACCUAACACUGUCUCAUCGCUGAAGGAAGAGGCCAUAGCACCGACGAGCAGCGUGGGCACCGGCUGAGGCCCCUCCCAGCCCGUGGAUGGCGGCAUCCUCAGCAUGCCUGCCAUCAUCUCAAAGCCAUCCCCCAGCCAUUGUGAGCAUCCCAGCAGCACCGCCAUUGUCUCGACCAGCCGGCUCCUCGUCCGUACACCUGGGGAUUUCUUUUGAUUUCAAGAACAGCCUUAAUCAUUCCAGUUUGAUUUACAUGUAUACCUCAUGAACAUUUAUUUAUUUAUUUAUUUUGUUUUAUUUUUCUUUCUCUCCCUUUCUUUUCUUUGCUUUUGUUCCCGUGUCUCUCCCCUCCACCACCUUGUGACUGAUGGGUUGGUUUCCUCUCUGCUCUGCCCCUGCUCAGCACAGGGAGAAAUGUUGAUUUAGAAGCAAUAGCGGGCAGCAGGCCACCAAGAGCACAAACCCAGGGCGAGGUCUGGGAGGCCCCUCAGCCCGCCUGUUUACUGUGCAAUUCCAGUCCUUCUUAAGCCAUCAGCAGUGGGUGUGCUCAGAGCAGAGGAGCCAGGACUUCCGCACCAGCCAAGGGAAAGGCUCAGAGCCCCGUGGGGUAAGGGGAGUGUGAUUCUGUCCAUUCACCUGGUGGACUGGGCUGCAUGUCUCCCCAAAGCCCUUCCCUUGGAGGCCUCCCGUCAUCUCGGGCACAGCCACAGUCUCAUCUCUAAUGUUCUAUGCAAUGAAAUAUAAACCCUCAAAGACAACUGUUAAUAUUUAAUAAAUUCCAUGUUACAUAUAAGGAGUUAAUUGCAAGCACGCAGUUGAGAAACUGGAUAGAUCUGCUCAUAUCACCACCCCAACCAAUCCUUGUCCCCACUUUCUGUGUGUGUGAGUGCGUAUGUGUGAGACAGAGAAAGUGAGAGCAUGCGUGUGUGCGCGUGCGUGCGUGUGAAUUCUAAGUCUGUGGCAUGUUUGACCUGUGGCAGGACUCGCUGCUGCCGGGUGAGUCACCGCCUGUCUCUCGCAGUGGAGCAUGCACAGCUCGCAGACUCUUUGCACGAUUUCAUUUAUUUUAAAUGCUCGACCCUCUCGCUUGGAGUUCUUUUUGCCUCCAAACCUCUCCUUCAGGAGCACCUCUCCCUGACUUCUGCACAAGCUAGUAAAGACCUGCCAGAACUACCUGAGUAUGCCAGGCCACGGAGCAGGCAGUGAGGGCCCUGUACACCUUGCAGUUCUUUAUCUGUCUAUGAUAGCAGAUAAAAAGAAACCUCAAACUAGACAGUGAUGGGAGCCUGCAUAGGAUGCGUGCGUAUGAAUAUUCUGUGGGUUGCUGUAGGAUUCCUACUUGUAUAUCAUUUCCCCCUCCUACCCCAGGCCUGAGCCAAAAGAUUCCAGCUACACCUUUGCAGUGGAGCACUGCUCAAGGGCAAAGCUGGGCCACAUCUGUGGAAAGGCAGAAGUCAAGAGCAGAGCCUGGGUGUACCCUAGGAUCCCUAGAUCUUGACUAGACCUGCUCUAUGCCUUUCCUUUGGAUGAGGAGUCUCAAAGGAUUGUGACCCAGGAGAUCUGGAGCCAGGGUCAUAGGGUGCUCAGGAAGAGCUGGCGAUGGGCUCUCUGCCUGAAAAUAUCCAGAACAACUACUCACAUAACAGCAGCAAGCUGAGCUCAGAAGGUUUCUCAAAAGCAAAACUUAGUGAAUGGCCUGUGUAGCCCUCUCUGCAUCUGUCCCCAGGACUUGCCUACCCUUUCCUCUGAAGCAUACGUAUUCCACUGUUGUCAGCAUCUCUCUGAUCCAGGAGUAGGGCGGACAGUAACUGCCUGACCCAUCAAGGUCUGACCUUCCUUCAGAGUGCUCUGGUCUGUACCAUGCAUUUCUCAGGGGUCCACAUUUCUCAUGCUUUUUUCAAGGCCUACAAAUCCUUCCGAGUAGAAUCCUGUCCCACCUUUGGCGACUGUCGAUGGGACAGUUGAAGCUGUGUCAAACUUAAGACCUUGAGUACCUGGGAUUUGGCUUUCUUCAUGCUAUGGGACAUCUUAGAGAUCAGACUUGGGCUCUGCAGGGCCAUCUGAGCAAGGGCUGAAAGAAGGCCACAUGGAGGAACUCAGCCACACAGGCCCAGGUCUGGACAGGAUGUGCCCAUUGUUUAGACACUUGGGAACAUGGCUGUCACCCUUUCCACUCCUAGGGACUGGACUAGGAGCUGAGAGCAGGCAGGAUGUCUGCAGGUCAAUCUCUGGCAGGCCCACUAGGCUCUAAAGCAUUAACUUUUCAGGAAAUUUCUUUUCUGGCCAAACUCUGAGUUUGACAUUUCUGAUAUCUGCCACUACAUCUCUGGCUGUACCCACAGGACAGAUCUUUGCCCCUUUGUGAAGAUGACUGCGACAGUCUUCUAGGUCAUGGGUAUUCUGGCUCUUGUGUUAACUCUGGGGCUAUGAGAGCCUGAGGCGGGCAGCUGCUGUAGGACACGGUAAGCAAUGGGUGCAUCUCCAAAUGGGUAAGAAGUCUCUGGGUAGAGUCCAGACCUUCUCCAUAUCCCUCAGUGUCCUAAGUAAGAGUACCCUCCUCUGCCUACCCAAGGCCUCAACACGCUCACUUCAUAGUGGCAGUUCUACCAUUGCCUUCCUAGUUCUUGAGGAGGACAAAUGGUCUCAGGGCCCACAAUGAGAGAACAGCAGGGCGGCAAUUCCGGCCUGUAUUCUGGAGCCUUUGGGGAGUUUUUCAGGCAGGUCCUUUGCCGUGAUGGUACAGUCCUGCCCUAUUAGCCCUUCUCCCCCCAUGCUGUAAAUAUUUGUCAUCACGGACUCCAACAGGGUCGGAGGGACAGAUCUAAUCAACUGAAACUCUUUGGAGAUGCCAUCUCUGUCUCCCUGGGUGCCAGCAUCUUGCUACCAUAUGCACCGGGUGGCACCGGAGAGCCAUAGAAGUCGUGAGAUACUGUGUGUGUAAGCACGUGUACAUGAAUGUGUGUAUGUAUGUGUGUGUGUUUGUGUGUGCGUGCACGAGACUCAUUCAGCCUCUGGGGUCAAAUCAGCUCCUCUCCAAGUGUGGAACCCUGGAGAGUAGUGGCCAUCUACAUUUUUCCUCUAGCUUCCAUGUCUUGUUUUUGCUUUUCCUUCCCUCUCUUUCCUUCUCUCCUUCUUUAUUUGAGGGGGAAGAGUGCUGUACAAAGUCAAACAAACAAGUUUACAGUUGUAAGUGCAAUGACCCGAGUCCUCCACAUGACCUUGUGAACUGUGUGCCGUCCUCCCGUGCUCUGUGAGAACUCGUGGUACUUCCGUGUCCCUCCCCUGUAUUGUGACAAGGUAUUUCUGUGGUAUCAAAAUAAAAGGACUUGAUAUAAACAA